AAUCAAGGAGGCAUCUUCUGUCUCUUGCCGCGCUUGGAGCGUCUUCUCUGCCUCUCUCCCACAUCACCUCCCUCCACACACACGUGCACAUUCAUACCAGUGUGGCUCUCUGACAGUGUCGUGCUUCGUGACGACGCCCCAAAGCUGCUCGCAAGGCUCUUGGCCCUCACAAUUGCCGCCCCGCCGUCGUCAUCGUAUCUCGGGGACAUUUCUUCAGACGGCUGCCAGUUGCUCCUGAAGGUCUUCUUCCUCUCUGUCGAGCUCGACCCAGUGUCUGUGUCCGGCCUCUUUGGCUUCACCCAAAUGCGCACAGGCGUUGCUGAUGGCACGGGAGGAGCUUGGCCAUACACCACUCGCGCCAACGGAGGGCUGGCAGCUGCCGCUUGUAGCAGAGCCGCCUCUCUUUCCUGUUUGCCAUUUCUGGCGUCUUCUGCAGGGGCACUCUUGGGUCUGCCAGCGCCGCUUGGCGGCUCAAUGGGCCGGUCGACAGUUGGAUGGCCGGACGAAGGCCGCGUGGUUAUCGAAGAGGCGGGGGUGUGCAAAGCUGCCGGCAGGAUGGAGGGGAGGUGGGCCUUCAAUGAGUGGUCCGACAACGUGUGAGAGAGAGGCAGCGAUGAAGAGUUACGGAAACAUGGACGCCGUUUCCUCGGCUGCACAUUCUCCUGGAUGCCUGUGGCCACACAAACCACACUACAUGAGACGGGCAAGUGACCAGAGGGAGGCUGACCUCUGAGCAGGGAGAAGUGAAACGUCAAGAAGAAUGAGACAUCCUCCCUGGGAUCGCCGUAUGAAGAGAAGCCCAGCCUCCGGUUGUGCCAGAACGGCACUGGCUGUCCUCCGUGAUGGACGAAGAAGGGUCCGCUCCACCCGUGCAAUACUUGGAUGGCCGUCUGGUGAGCGCGCCACAGUGUCUCACCAAGGCACGCCAUUCGGCCACUGAACACGGGACAGAGGAGGCAGCCAUGUCAUUGAGUCAAUUCGUCUGCUUCUCCGUGUCUGUCAGGCAGUUACCUCCUUCUCUGUCUUGCGAUAUCCAGAAGGCCCCUGAGCAUCAGCUCGGAAGGGUGACGAAACGUCGAGAUCUCGGCCUGUACAAUUAUAUGGGUGAAUAAAGCAAUUCUCUGGGUAUCCUCUUCUGCUGCCUCCCUGACCUCUGCGAAGAAAUAGAAGAUCCGGCCCUGCUUGUCGGCAUGGCAAGUCCACCGGGCUGCAAAGAGAUGCGGAGCAUGUCAUCAAAGGACCGUACGUCUCAGACUCAUGCUCAGCGUACGCGGAAGCGGCCAUCGGAGAGUGGUUUCGAUCAGCCACAGUAGAUCCAUCUCAGAAGACACAUCCACGCCAAGUGAGCGGGCGAAGGCAGCCACCUCAUCAUGAUACACAUGCUGCGAUAAGACAUGUCCGGAGGGGUUCGUCGAGUACGGAAACGCGCUGUUCUCGUCGACAGUGUCAUCGUCAAAAGCCAGCGACAGGCUUGCGCGCGCGUCACGGUCCUGUACAGAGGUCUGUGGCGACCCGGCAAUCGUCGCCCUCCUUCUCUUGCGCCACGCCCGCCAUGCCAUUUUGCCUCUCCUUUCAUUGCCCCACUCGUCAUCGUCAGUCGGGGUGAAGGCCUCCACUCUGUUGUGAGAUCGAUAAGCGAAGGAAAGCCCCGUUCCAUUGGCAUCAGUGCUCCUCCUCGACUCUCUGCUACUCGGUGAGGAUGUCGUCCAUGUUGAGCGUGAACGCCUGAGGUCUUCUGCAGUGUGGUCUGAGGAGUCCACGUCUUCCACAGUGAUCUGGGGCUCGGGUUGGUCAGAGUCGAUUCCUUGCUCGGGGUCAUUCGGCCAGCUGGCGACAGAAGCUGUGGAUUGUCGCCGAAAGACGGAGCGCAGGCUGAGGCGGCUCCCGCGCCUGAUGCUGCGUUUUUCCGGCACCUUGUACGCCAGCCCCACCCGAGGGAUAGAAGACGUCGUUCCCAUUGAGCAACUGUUGUUGCAAUGGUUGGUGCAGAAUAGUGCAGAAAUGAAAUGCAGCUCAGCUGGCAAGG